GACUGGAGACAACACGGAGGAAACGACGACCACGGUGGUCUGACCGUUAUCGGCAAGGACGCUGGCAGAGCCUCGGGAUCGUCAACGGUAGAAACAGGACGACUAAAAAGAGACGCGACUUGUGAGAAAAGAAGCGAAAAUAAUCGGCGAUAGAGCUUCUUAAUGGCGAACGACGAUGGAGUCAUGACGUAACUGUGAUCAUUGGAAGGGAGAAUUUCUUUCUAGAAUUUCCUUCUGAAUAUCUGAAAAUAAAAUUUGAAAUAUGAAUGUUUCAAUCUCCUUUCUCUCAUACCUUUUCACUAAUCCACAUCAUUUUUUUAUUUUUUUUAAAAGUCGACGCCAAUGAAAAUGUGACACAUCAAAAAUUUGUCAUCCUGAGAGUGUAAAAGUAUCAUUUUCCUAAAAUAAAGAUAAAAAUAUAAGUUUGUAUAAGAGUGAAAGCACAGAGAAAGUUGUCUGAGCUGAAGGAAAGCUCUGGAUUCUUCUCCCGGGUUCAAUAAAUUCGUUUCUUGUUCUCCAAGGCCUUAAUAUUUUGUUUUCCCUGACAAUUAUUGGGCUUAAAUUCAAUUUUCUGCUUCUCUCUGUUUGUGGAGAAUUGGAAUUCGAGUUUGCGAAAAUGGAAGUGAGAAUCGGGCAAAGGGUUUCUCGUGGAAUGCUCCCUCUCCUCGCUCUCCACACCUUCAGCGAGUAUUACCGGUCGGACAGCAAACCUCCGGUGACCGCCGCCCUCAUCGCCGCCAACACUAUCAUCUAUCUCCGCCCCUCCCUCUUCGAUUCCCUCAUUCCUCCCAUCCAGCAAGUCUGGUUCAACCCUCACCUUAUUCUCAAGCACAAGGACUUGAAACGCUUCCUUCUGUCGCCGUUUUACCACAUCGGCGAACCGCACCUUGUCUACAACAUGCUAUCGCUUCUCUGGAAAGGGUUUCAGCUGGAGACGUCAAUGGGAAGCAUCAAUUUCGCUUCCAUGGUUGCUUCCCUGCUUCUCCUCUCCCAGGGCGUUACCCUAGUCUUAUCUAAAUCCCUGCUUCUCUUAUUCGACUACGACAAACCCUACUAUAACGAAUACGCCGUUGGCUUCUCCGGCGUCCUCUUCGCCAUGAAAGUCGUUCUCAAUUCCCAAUCCAGCGAUUAUUCCUACGUCCACGGAGUUAUCGUUCCCUCUCGUUAUGCCGCUUGGGCCGAGUUGCUUCUCGUUCAGCUUCUCGUGCCGGGUGUCUCAUUUAUUGGGCAUCUCGGUGGCAUUCUCGCAGGCCUUCUUUAUGUCAAGUUGAGGAACACUUAUUCGGGCUCUAAUCCCAUAACAUUGCUCGUCAGAGGAGUAACUGAUUUUUUGAGGUGGCCUUUCAAGUUCUUGCCACGCCGGGGAAGGAUCACUGGAAGGGGCACUGUCGGAACUAACAGAGGGUGGAGAUGCCAGACGUGUACGUAUGAUAACGAUUCGGGGUUGCGGAGUGUGUGCGAGAUGUGUGGGACGAGUAGGGGUGUCGAUGGACUCUCUUCUUUUCAGCGGAGUUCCCGUCUUGAUGGGCUUCCUUUGGAUGAGUUGCGCCGCCGGAGACUCGAUAGAUUUACGAGGUUAGUUUGAACUUAGUUACUUAAAUCCACUGUGCUUACCUAAACAAAUGUUAUCAAUAGCAGAUGACGGCCUAUGACUGUGAGCCAAAUAUCUGCCACAUAAAUAUGGCGGAUAGCGUGGCGGCCUAUGGCGGAAAGUCAUGGCCGACAAAUUUUUACGCAUGAUGUGCUUAAAAACAACAAGGAUGACGAAUUUGUUAAAAUUAGCAUGAUGACACUAAUAUUGUAACAUUUAUAUAAUUCUUAUGAUUGUCAUGCUAUAAAGUGUUGAACAUAAUUCAUAAAAACACGAAUAUUUCAUUUACUAAUGUGAGGAUGCAGUUGCUUUGGUUUUGUA